CUAUAAAUGCCAGCCAGCAUGACCAUGAAAUUGAACUCGAAAAUCAGAGAAAGAAAAACAUGGGUUGGAUUGGAAUUGGAGAAAGCGUCCGAUCCCUGAAUAUCAAACAAUCUCUCUUUCAGCUUAUCACUCUUGGCAUGAUAGUUUCGUCAGCUUUGAUGCUAUGGAAAGGUUUAAUAUGUUUAAGUGGAAGCGAAUCGCCUAUUGUAGUUGUGCUCUCCGGAAGUAUGGAACCUGGCUUUAAAAGAGGCGACAUUUUGUUUCUGCAUAUGAGCAAUGAACCCAUUCGUGCAGGAGAAAUUGUUGUGUUCAAAGUACAAGGUAAACAAAUUCCAAUUGUCCAUCGAGUUAUUGAGGUUCAUGAGCGGCAGGAGAUGGGAGAAGUUGAUUUACUCACAAAAGGAGACAGUAAUCCAAGCGAUGACAGGAUGUUAUAUGCUCGUGGACAGUUUUGGUUAAAAAGACAACAUAUCAUGGGGAGAGCCGUUGGGUUCCUGCCUUACCUUGGUUGGGCAACAAUUAUCAUGACUGAGCAGCCCAUUAUCAAGUACAUACUUUUAGGCGUGUUGGGUUUGCUGAUCAUAACCUCAAAGGAUGAGAGACACAAGUUUUCAGCUGCCAAGACAUGAAUCAGAUCCCACAUAAGAUUUUCUUAUUACAACGGAGAAGAAGAUCUAAGUUACACUUUACAUGUUCAAUUGACAUAGAUUUCUUUUCUAGCGUCCUGUACCAUUUUGUAGGCCGGCAAUCACAUAAAUAGAAUGUAUUUUAUUUGUCAACAAUACAUUGUUGUUUCAGAUGAUUACUAAAACAUAAACCCUGCCGUGUUGGGACUUGUUAUGA